GGAAGGAAGAAAGGACUCCAAAGUGGAAGAAAAGGAAAGAAGAAAGGAUUCUAAAAUGGAAGAAAAAUCCAUGAAGAAAUUAGUCAUUGAUGAUCUCCCAGGUGACACAGUAGAGGAACUACUGAAGUAUAUUUACACUGACAGUUCACAUAAUGUGGAAUUAUUUUCACAAACCUUGCUGGCAGCUUCGGAUAGAUACAAGUUACCGGGCUUGAAGCACCACUGUGAGAAGCAUCUAGGAGAGAUUAUGAACCCGUUGAACGUAUCUGAUAUUCUUCUACUAUCGGAGAACUAUUCAUGUAAAGAACUAAAAAGAUCUGCUCUCACAUAUUGUGGAGAAAACCAUUCAUAUAUCAUAAAGGAUUCUAAAUGGAAGACGAUGGAGAAAGAAAAUCCGCAAUUGUUUGCCGAAGCUGUGGCACUUGUCGCCCCUGAAUCCUGUGAUAAACAUGCAGAGUGUCUCAAAAAAGGAGGAAAUAGAUAUGAAGUUGAGAAAAGCAGCAAGGGAAGUGUUGGAGGAAGAAAGAAGUCCUACGUCAGAAAGUUGUAAUCCCAUUUUUGUCUAUUCAAUAUCAAACAUUUAAUCAAAACCAUGAUUCCUUGGCAUUAAGCUAAUCCCCAUGUACAUACAUUGGUUCAUGUAAACUUGAAUAGUAUAUAGUACAAUAUUUACAGUACAUUUCAUCCAUCCAUACAAUACAUAAUACAAUCAAAUAAAAUACUAAUGUAAUAGCUUUUACCCAGAUUUAUUUUAUCCCAAAAUUAAUAAUUUUCCAUUUUAUUAAAUAAUAUUUAACUUUUAUUUAUUACGGGGGGUAUGUAUUUUCAUCAAUGUUUUUAAAGAAAAAAACUAGUUUGGAAAAUUCUCAACAAGAUAAAAAUGUUAAUUUAUAAAAUAUAUACCCCCCUGUUCAACCGGUGAAAUACUUCUUUGCUUAUUUUCCAUAUAAUCCCUGUGAAACUAUUCCGGUGUUUGCAUUUUCAAAGAUUUUAUUGCUAAAAAUCUAAAUUUUUCGUCAAGUAGUUCAGUGCAGGGAUAAAUCUUUCUUGUUUUUUUGCAAAAAUGACAAACGUAUUAUACCCUGUAGGAUCCUACUUCUCUCAACAUCAGUAUUGGAUAUUGUAAAAAUGUUGAAUCGUUGAAUAUAUGUAAAUAAAUUUAUAUUUACAUAUAUAUAACUGCAACAAUAAACAUUAUCAACGUUGUA